CUUCUCACGGGACCGCUGUUUGGCUGCUGUUAGAAAAAAAACUUGGUUUGCUCACACAAGACACAUUUUAUUAGUUUCCUGUUCUUGUGCUUACACAGAAAGCAGAAGUGGGCCAAAGGCAACAGUAGAAGCACAGAGGGUUGCAAUAGAGAAGUCUUCCUUUUUUAGUCCAUUCAUGAAGGCAGUCGGAUGACUCUGCUUUUGGACUCGAAACAGCCUCCUCGGGAACAUUUCUCUUCCAACUCUUGGACUGCAAAGCCUAUCAUACCAUCUUCAACUUCCUGGGAGAGACCAGCUACACUUUGCUUUCCUUGACCUUGAGUAGAGAAGUGAGGCAGACCCAUGAGGCUGUUGGGGACUUUGUCUCUUCUGGGUUGGGUAAUCACUCCAGGUUGCUGGGGGCUUUAUUGCCCUGAUGAAGUGCACCCUUCUGUAGGAGGAUCACUGUCUGUGUCCUGUCAAUAUAAACAAGGCCUUGAAAAGUAUUCUAAAUUUUGGUGCAAAGAGACUGCCAGGAUCUAUUGUUCUGCAUUAGUUAAAUCACAAUCAGAUGGAAAGGGGAUAAAGCAAAGGAUAUCUAUCAGAGAUAAUAAAGAAAAGCAGUACUUUGAAGUGAUCAUGAGAAACCUGACAAAGGAAGAUUCUGGUGUUUAUCGGUGUGGUAUCGAUGACAGUCUACUGCUAUUCAGAGACUCCACCUGCAGAAUUCAUGUGGCUGUUUCCCCAGCCCCCACCUUAGAUCCAGAAGAAGAGCAAACAACUUCCAAACCGACUGAAAAGCUGCAAACUACCAAGCGACACAAAAAGCUGGCGCCCACUGAACCACCAGACUCUGAUAGCUUCACAGAGGGCACAAGCGAAUCCAGCUCUUUCUCUGCUUCCACAAGGAUCAUGUUUCCCACACAAAAAAGAAGCAACCCUAUCAGUCAUGGUAAGGCAUCUACACGCGAUACAGAAGAUCCCCACAAUGAGGACACUCUCCACGAUCACUCCUCAGAUGCUGAUGGAACUGGGCUCUAUCAGAUUGUUGCAAUACAUCCUGAAAAUAACUGUGAUGCGAUGUACUUCCAGGAAGAGCCUGUGGAGAAGAGAGAUGAGGUUUCUUACACCACACUGCUUCAUUCAGAUCUGCAGCCACAAGCCAUCUAUGGUAACAUAGAUCAUCUCAGCUGUGCUGUCAUACAGCCACUUACUCAGGAGGUCGUGUAUGCAGAGGUGACUAAGAAGCAUGGCAAUUAAAGAUGUGCACUGGAAUCAGCCAAACUCUGAGGCGAGCAAUGCUGCCAAUUUUCACAACGUGGGUAUGCCAGUGGCUGUACCAGGAGGACUCUAGCACGUGCCAAUGCUGUGGCUAUUUCAUCAGCAACAGAGGCUAUGAAGGCAGCCUUCUCAGGCCAGAUGUGACCGGAGAACUCCAUAUUCCCAAUCCCUAUGUUAUAAUAAAGAUACAAUGCAUUAAAACUGUAAUAAUGUUUUUUAA